CGAUCUCACUGGUCACUCUCUCACUCCAAUAUCGCGUAUAUAUGUCCUCUCUAGGCUGCCGACUCCUCACAAUUCUCUCUCUUUCCUCCCACUCUCUCUUAUUUCCUGUUCGCAGCGUUCAAACUUCUACUACAGGAAAAAUGAGAGAGAUCCUUCACGUUCAAGGUGGACAGUGUGGUAACCAAAUUGGUGCCAAGUUCUGGGAAGUUGUCUGUGAUGAGCAUGGCAUAGACCCAACUGGAAGGUACACUGGGACCUCAGACCUGCAGCUUGAGCGUGUGAAUGUAUACUAUAAUGAAGCUUCUUGUGGGAGGUUUGUUCCUCGUGCUGUGCUGAUGGACUUGGAGCCUGGCACCAUGGACAGUGUCCGCACUGGUCCAUAUGGGCAGAUAUUUAGGCCUGACAACUUUGUCUUUGGGCAAUCGGGUGCUGGGAACAACUGGGCGAAAGGUCAUUACACUGAGGGUGCAGAGCUUAUUGACUCUGUUCUUGAUGUUGUGAGAAAGGAGGCUGAAAAUUGUGACUGCCUUCAAGGUUUCCAAGUCUGCCACUCUUUGGGUGGAGGGACUGGUUCUGGGAUGGGCACCUUGCUCAUCUCAAAAAUCCGUGAGGAGUACCCUGACAGAAUGAUGCUCACAUUCUCUGUCUUCCCCUCUCCAAAAGUUUCAGAUACAGUGGUUGAGCCAUAUAAUGCCACCCUUUCUGUCCAUCAGUUGGUUGAGAAUGCAGAUGAGUGCAUGGUUCUUGAUAAUGAGGCUUUGUAUGACAUCUGCUUCAGGACUCUUAAAUUGACAACUCCAAGUUUUGGUGAUCUAAACCAUUUGAUCUCUGCAACCAUGAGUGGAGUCACUUGUUGUCUCAGGUUUCCUGGUCAACUCAACUCUGACCUGCGAAAACUUGCUGUGAACCUUAUCCCCUUCCCUCGUCUCCACUUCUUCAUGGUAGGGUUUGCUCCUCUGACCUCCCGUGGUUCCCAGCAAUACCGAGCCCUGACAGUCCCAGAACUGACCCAACAAAUGUGGGAUUCUAAAAACAUGAUGUGUGCUGCUGACCCUAGGCAUGGGCGCUACCUCACUGCUUCUGCCAUGUUCCGUGGGAAGAUGAGCACCAAGGAAGUGGAUGAGCAGAUGAUCAAUGUUCAAAACAAGAACUCAUCAUACUUUGUUGAGUGGAUUCCAAACAACGUGAAAUCCAGUGUCUGUGACAUUCCCCCAAAAGGUCUUUCCAUGGCAUCCACCUUCAUUGGUAACUCAACCUCCAUCCAGGAAAUGUUCAGGCGAGUCAGCGAACAAUUCACUGCCAUGUUCAGGAGGAAGGCCUUCUUGCAUUGGUAUACUGGUGAAGGCAUGGAUGAAAUGGAGUUCACUGAAGCUGAGAGCAAUAUGAAUGAUCUUGUGUCCGAGUACCAGCAGUACCAGGAUGCAACUGCAGAUGAUGAGGGUGAGUACGAGGAUGAAGAGGAAGAAGAAGACGGAAUGGAUAAUCUCUAAAGAUAAUGAGUAAAAUAUGGUGAUGGAUGAAUAUGUAUGCAUGUCAGUGUUUCUCUGCAUUUUUCUUCUUUUGUAUCUCUGCCCGUAUGAUGGGUAAGUCAUUGCUGGUACAUUGGGGAAGAGGGAAUGGCGGUAGGUGUUUGGGAAGUACUAGUGGCUUUUACAUUUCUGUUUGUUAUGGAUUUGUUCAUCGUUCAUCUCCUAUAUUAAGUAAAUCAUAUAUUCUAGUUAUAAUCCUGUUGGUGUUGAUACCCAA